CUCUCCGCGGCGCCGUGGUACGAGCGGAUAACGGGAGGCAAGAAGGGGGACAGGAGCUGAACGCGUCAGUCUGACAGACACACAGACGAGGUGCCAUUGUAUUACACGGGCCUUCGGUCUUCUCACUCCCGGCUGCUGAGGAAGAGGAGGGGGCGGGGGGCAGGGGGGGGACGGCUCCUUCCCUUUUUAUUGUUCUCAUUCCUUGUGCCCACCGCGGAGGUACAGAGACGGAGCGCAGCGGCGGCGGCUCGGUGCUGGAGGACCUGCACAUGUCGGCGCGGUGACGGACCGCUUGUUUCUCCGCCCUGAUAACGCCUGGAGGACGGGCAGGAGGAGGAGGAGGAGGAGGAGGAGGAGGAGGUACACAGCCGCGACGAGAACGAGAUUUAAAAACCGCUGAGAAAAUAAUAAGCAUAUCCAUAACAGCAACGAGGGCUAAUGUGAAGGCGCGGCCGUUUUGGUGAUCGACAGCGGAGAGGAGAACGAGCGUGAUGCGGCAGCCGAGGUGGGCCCCGACUGAUGCUUUCAUGAAAUCUACAUCCACCGCCAGGACGCAUCUCUGAUUCUAUACUGACGAGGAGCCGCACCGAGGAGGGAGGAGGAGCCGCUAUAAACUGACCCGGAGUCCGCGGGUUUGGCUUUUAACGUGGAUAAACGGCAGGAGUUUGAUUACUGUGAUUUAUUUUCUCCCUGUCUUCUUAUACCAGGAGCUCAGCUGCACGAGCAGUUACAGAAAUACACAUCCCGGUUUAGGCCGAUGACUUAGUCUCUGUGCGUGUGUGUGUGCGUGUGUGUGUGACGCCAACACAGCAGCAGAGAGGCGUGUGUGUGUGUGUGUGUGUGUGUGUGUCUAUGAGGAGACGCGCCUGCAUGUCUGAGCAUCAUCUGGUAGCUGUGCGGGCUACUCCUCCACGGGGAUGAUACACACGCGAUUUCCCCUCUGCGCGUGAAGAAGAACAAGAAGAAUCCGAGAUGCUGCUGCCAUUUCCCGUCCGGCUCUGAUAAGACACAUCGAGGCGCGCAGCACGUGACUGGACAUCCAGAAGAUAUAUCCCCUCGCCUCUCCUCCGCCUCGGCACCCCCUUCCCCUUCCCCUUCCCCUUGAUCUCACCCCCCCUCUCCUCCCACCUCUUCCUCCCCCACUUCCGUCACCCCUGGGGCCCCUAAUCAUUGCGAUCAAUUGAUAAUCCAUCUGUGAUUCAGAGAGCCACCCACUCCUCCAUCCCACCCCCAGUUCCCCUAUACACAUCCUCUCGAGCGCCACUUUGCGCACUAAUACGCGCAAAGACGCGCGCACAUUUACGCACCACCGCAAGCACCGCUCAUCUAUAGCCAUAAUGGAGACGACCAAGCUGCCUCCGUCCAGUCCGUCCUCGCCAACCACCAGCUUCUCGGUGCCGUCCGCGGAGAAGGUGGACGGCUUCCCGCGCAGGUCCAUGCGCAGAGCCCGACAGAGGAGGUCCCACAGCUCGUCCCAGUUCCGCUACCAGAGCUCCCAGGUGGAGCUCACCCCGCUCCCCCUGCUCAAAGACGCCCCGGUGGCAGAGUUACACGACCUGUUCUGUAAGAAGCUGCAGCAGUGCUGCGUGCUGUUUGAUUUCCUGGACUGCGUGGCCGACCUGAAGGGGAAGGAGAUCAAGCGUGCGGCGCUCAACGAGCUGGUGGAGAGCGUGGCCACCAGCAGGGGAGUCCUCAUAGAGCCGCUGUACCCGGAGGCCAUAAAGAUGAUCUCGGUAAAUAUCUUCCGGACUCUCCCACCCAGCGAGAAUCCCGAGUUUGACCCAGAGGAAGACGAGCCAACACUGGAAGCCUCCUGGCCGCACCUGCAGCUGGUGUACGAGUUCUUUCUGCGUUUCCUGGAGAGCCCGGACUUCCAGCCCUCCAUGGCCAAGCGCUAUGUCGACCAGAAGUUUGUUCUGCAGCUCCUGGAGCUGUUUGACAGUGAGGACCCCAGGGAGCGGGAGUACCUAAAGACCAUCCUGCACCGUGUCUAUGGAAAACUACUGGGCCUCCGAGCCUACAUCCGCAAACAAAUCAACAACAUCUUCCUCAGGUUCAUAUAUGAAACUGAGCACUUCAACGGCGUCGCAGAGCUGCUGGAAAUCCUCGGCAGCAUCAUAAAUGGCUUCGCCCUGCCUCUUAAGGCCGAACACAAGCAGUUCCUGGUUCGGGUCCUCAUCCCGCUACACACGGCAAAGUCCCUUUCCAUCUUCCAUGCACAGCUGGCCUACUGUGUGGUGCAGUUUAUGGAGAAAGAUGCUACAGUCACUGAAUAUAUCAUCAGAGGGCUGCUCAAGUACUGGCCAAAAACCUGCACGCAGAAAGAGGUGAUGUUCCUGGGGGAGAUCGAGGAGAUCCUGGAUGUGAUCGAGCCAUCUCAGUUCAUUAGGGUCCAGGAGCCGCUCUUCAAAGAGAUCGCAGCCUGCAUCUCCAGCCCUCACUUCCAGGUAGCGGAGCGGGCUCUUUACUUCUGGAACAAUGAAUACAUCCUCAGUCUGAUAGAGGAGAACUGUCAAGUCAUCCUGCCGCUGGUCUUCGCCACCCUCUACAGAGUGUCCAAGGAGCACUGGAACCAGACCAUCGUGUCUCUGAUCUACAACGUGCUGAAGACCUUCAUGGAGAUGAACAGCAAGCUGUUUGAUGACCUCACUGCCUCCUACAAAGUGGAGAAACAGAAGGAGCUGAAGCGAGAGCGGGAGCGUGCAGAUCUCUGGCGAGGCCUGGAGGAGCACCAGGAGCGCCGGAUGCAGAUGCUCACCGAGGCCGCCAGGAACCAGCGCAACCUCCAGGAGCGGGGCGAGAGAGGGGACCCGCCGGCCCCCUCGUCCCCGCAGACGGCCCACUCCGACCAUCCUGAGCUCAAACCCAGCGGGGCCUCCUCUGGACCCGGGGAGAGUGCCACCUAGGUGCCUCUCUCUACGGAGAUUGGAUAACACAGGGGUUAGGGGACAGGGAGAAGACGUGAAGUUGAUGGUGUAAGUGUUGGGAGACAGAGAGAGGUACAAAAAGGAAUCCUCCGUUUUUUUCUGUCUUGCAUCAUCGAGGAGGUAGCUUUUUUAUUCCAAAAAAGCACACAAACUCAGUGAUCCAAGGUAAAAAAAAAAUACAAAAAAGUACCUUUUCCCUGAGAGAGUUGUGUGAAACUGGUUCACCUUUUGCUGUGCGCACAUUACGCCGCAGAUCAGAAGAUGAAUAUCGUCCAAAAGUGCAGACUGUCAUUUAGAGUAAUGGCUGGUUUAUUAAACUGCAGGUCAGUGCCUCAACUCGGUGGCUGGCCUGCUCCUCACCUGCCUCAAAGUAAGAGAUUACGUUUCUCUUGUGGUGCAACACUAACCAAGUUUAACGUGUGUCUAACUUGUCGUAAAAUUUAACCAACCGAGUCUGUACUGUGGCCUCGUAUUUAUCUUUUGCUCACAGAUGCUUAUUUCAUGCGUGGAUAGCACAAUGCAUUAAUAGACGAAAGAAGCAAUUUCACACAAAGGCCCCUAAACUAUUGCAGCACAGACCAGACACACACACACACACACACACACACACACACAUGCACGCACACACAAACGCACACAUUUGCUGUAGAUGUGAGAUGACAGAGCUACAGAGAGCGUGUCCGGGUCAAACCUCACACAACAACGACAACUGAUUAAUGCACCGAAAUAUUCCCUGCAAACACACAGACCCACACACAGUACAUAUUGACUCACACAGCUGGUUCUGGCGCUGACUCUGCUCCCAUCCUGUCGGGUUCCACAGAAGGACGAGCCGAGAGUCCCUCGAGGUUAAAUAACCACCGAUGAAGAUGAUAAUGAUAUAAAGUACAAUAAUGUUCCUUCUUCUUACUUGUUACUCUACUACUACUACUCUACUCUACUCUACUCUAAGUACUACUGAUGAUGAUGAUAAUGUUUUUAUAUAUAUACAUAUGUCUCUGGAUAUUUCUGUAGUGUAUUAUGGGAGAAACACUAGUGUAGCAGAAACCAUAAAGGGGAAGGCCGGCUCGAAUUCUGAAUUCACGUCACAUGUUAACUGUAUGAGGCCAUACUGUGAGUGCUGGAAUUCAGUGGAAUUCCCCUUUAGCAGACCUUAAAGAGGGGAAGAGUGAACUGGAUUUCUUUAUGGCUGUUUUUCUUUUAUUUUGAAAUGUUCAAUAUGGUUGGUGUGGUGGAUGGCCUUUCAAAGGGGCACGGCGCAGAAAAUCCAAAAACAUUCCACGUUUAAAGCUGCAAAGUUAAGUUUACAUUCAUUCACCGAGUCACAUUAUCUGUAUGCUUGAGGCCCUAACAAAUGCAUUUCCCCUUGCAAAAAAAUAGAGUUUGUUUAUUGUUUAUAUUCAUAUCUGCUGACAGUGCUGUCAUUCAGAGGACAGGGGUGAACCAGGAGGCAUGACGUGGAUAGCAUUUCCUGCAUGCUCUUGUGUGAUGCAAACAAAAGGAGGAUCCCCUCUUAAAAAUAAAAAAAAUCACUCUGUAGUGCCGCUGUUGGUCAGAAGCCUCACCAGGUACACACAGUUGCUUUUUUUUAUUUUUUGGAAUGUCUUUGUUAAAAGCUGACCAGAUUUAAUCAUUUGCAGAGGUCACAUUUUCAUCAGAUUGAAGUUCAGAGCCCCCCCCCCCCCUCAGCACACAACCAAACAGGGGAUCCGUAGGCCCGGCCCGACACAGAGGCAACCGGAGGGUCUCAAACCAAAAGAAAAACACCAUAAUCCAGUUGGAUAUCUGAAACCCGGAGCGUUUGUUCCUUUAGGCUCAGCAGACCUGAAGCUGCUAGAUGGCGACCAUGAUGAUGAUGAUGAUGAGGAUGAUGAUGAUGAUGAUGAUGAUAACUUGUGUGUGCGAACCAACAAAAACCUGUUUAUUCUUGUCGGAUUGUUACAAUAGAGCCAUGGCAUAAAGAGAGGGUGAAGAAGAAAAAAAGUGAAAAAAAAAAUUAUUUUAGCAAUAUUUUCAUUCUUUCAGGAUAAUCUGUGUUUCAGGGGGUUAAACCAAAAGUGGGUGUCGCACUCAAACGUUUCCCCCCCCCCCGCACUCGUUUUUACUCCUGUUGCGUCCUUGAUAUUCACAUUGUCUUAACGGUACUUUCUGUGUACAUUUAUUUGAUGGAAAAUGAUUUUGCUUUGUAAUUAUGUUGUUUUUUUAUUUUACUUGGUUUUUGUAUGAUCUUGUUCAUUUUGUGGAAAACUGAUACUGAUGCUAUUUAUUUUCUAUAAGGAAAUGUAACCUUAUUCGAAGACGAUGGUCAGGUUGUGUAAGUGUGUGUGUGUGUGUGUGUUUGUGUGUGUGUGUGUGUGUGUGUGACGGCGUGUGUGCGUGAGUGAGUUAGUGAACAGGAGAUGUGUGUAGAUAGAGUGAUAGGGAACCAGAGGAAACUUUUCUCUCUCUAUCCUUGUCUCCUUCCUGAACAGGACAGGGUUUGAAUUCGAAUGUAUCAUAAAAACACCAAUCGAUUGAUUGUCUUUUCGGACGCUCGAGACGCAGAGACACCCGUCGGCUGCUUCGUAACCAAACAUCCCAAAACCGCUCACCUCAGGUCAUGCCUGAGUCGACGCGGCUCCCAAAUCCAUUUGAACUCACAGCCCUCAGAUUGACAUUUAAAAGUUUUAUUCAGCUGUUGACGAGUGAUUUAGAAACUCCAACCGGGUCAUGAUUCAUGUUCGAAGUUUGGCUCUGACGGUCACACCUAAUCUGCCACUGUGUCUUCGUACAGUAGAUGUUGGCCACUCGCAGAGGUUGACACUGCGGCUUUGCAUUUCCUCUCAUUUGCUGGUGUUGAAUCCAACAUGGGGUCAAAUGGAACCAGGCCAACGGUUCACUUACUACAGUAACCUUUACCUGCAGCGUAUGCAGUUGCUCGGUUGCCCCGGACAACGGCGGUGGUCCGAAUGUAUGGUCACGCGAUGGCACCAGAGCCGCCUCCAAUGACAACUGGGCCAAACUGCCGAUGAAGACCGCGCGAUGCGACUGAAAGCUCUGGAGAAAAAAAAGAGCUACAAAAUUGAAGACCAAGUUAAGAUUUUUAGAUAAAUAUUCGCCUGGUUCCAUUUGACCCCUUAGGACAAAACAAAGGUAGCACAGGUGUGUGUUCCAAUUGGAUGCUCAGCUUCAAAAUUGCAAAAGUUUGAUUUCAAAUAUUGUUUUGAUUCGGGCAAAAAACAAACAAAAGAAAAAAGCUAUAAAAACCCCAAUGACAAGAGACAAAACGCGACCUCGCUGUCAUAAAACAGCUUCAUUUAUUAAUUUUCUUUUGGCUCGCUUAUUCACAAACCCCCGUUGAUAGUCAUUGAAGCCCAGCUCCCACUGUUCGAGAAUUUCUCAGCGAUUACCGACCAGUAGUAAUCCUCAGUUUUAGAAUUCCGUCGACCAUUGUGCAAAACAGGAGGAGAGGGAAGAGAGAGUGUUGGUGGAGAGCUCAGAUGCUGAUGCUGUCAUUCACCGUCACAUUUCCUCCCUGCCGCCAUUUCUCGGCCCAAUUCGAACCAAUGCUUUGAAUCGGAGCGGGAAGUGUGAACGGGUUCUAGGUGGGCAGCCAGCCGAGAUAAAAAACAGAGGAGGAGAACGACGGAGGGAGGAGAAGAGAUGGAGUUAGACACGAUAGAAUGGCAAUAAGUCAGAGCAACAGUAACAAGGGAAAAUGGAAAUGUUACCGAAACAUACAACCGCGUUACGUAGCAACUUCACUCAAUUUCUAGAUUUGCACUGUCUGCCCAAUGGUCUGUGUUUGUUGUGUUGAAGAAAAAAACCUUAGAGAAGAUGACGAAGAGGAUGCAGAAGAUGUAUAUUUUGGGGACCAACACAGUGGUGGUGGGGGGUUGAAUGUAGAGAGGCUUACUACUGUACGUAACAUUACAGGGCGUGUAGAAUGGAGAAAAAACAAACUAUGUGCUAAAAAUGAAACUUCACUUUGAGAAAACA